AAACACUUGUCCCUCAACUGCCGCGGCGUGUGUUGGCCGUGCUCUCCCUCGUCCGCCCGGCCCGCAGCAGGAGCAUCCCUGGAGGCCCUGGCGUUUGGCUAGCUCGCUCCGUGUCUCGUCUGUCGGCGCGUCUUAGCCUAAGCCAGUUUCUCGUUUAUCCGGAGGAGAGCGGUCGCGUGGCGUGGCGUUCUGUGUUCGUUUCGAUUCGCGUGCGGGGAUUGCGAAGCGGCCGGGCGCAGGCUGUCCUCGGGCGGGAGCUAGCGCGGUCUCUCGUCCGCCAGCCGUGGCACGGUCACGGCUCUACGAUCACGAGGAGGAGAUGCCAUUCAAGAGGCGGCUCACGGAGGAAGGCUCGGAGGCGUCCGAGUGCCACAGCGAGGACGACUUCGCCGGCGCGGCCUCCGUCGCCGACGCCGCGUCGCCUGGCUGGGACAACAACGGCCACCCGCGGCCGCCCAAGAUCAGGAAAGGAGAGCCAGAGACGCCCAACCAUGUCUUACUUAUGACCAUCUUAAAUCCAGCUUACCCCAUCACAGUGGAUGUGAUACACACCAUUUGCCAGCCCUACGGAAAUGUCCUGCGUAUUGUUAUCUUCAAGAAGAAUGGCGUCCAGGCCAUGGUUGAGUUCGACGGGAUCGAGCCAGCCACCCGGGCGCGAGAGGGACUCCAGGGCGCCGACAUCUACUCCGGAUGCUGCACCCUCAGGAUAGAGUACGCAAAGCCAACGAAAUUGAAUGUGUACAAGAAUGACGCAGAGAGCUGGGACUUCACAAACCCCAAUGUUGGAAUGAAGGAACCCCAGAACAACGGCAGUGGGGGCGGCGGAGGAUCUUCUCGCCCUCCCCUCCUGCAGGAGCCUCGCGGUUUCGGCAUGAACGCUGCACCCUUCAGAGGCGGCAUGAACGGACAAAUGGGCGGCCCACGCAACUCAGCCGGCGCCCUCUUCAACAGCCCCAUGCCUGACAGGUUCGGUAUGAACAAUGGAAUCAGUAACGGCGGACUGCGCGGUGGCGGCCUCGUGGGCGGCGGUGGCGGCCCCGGCCAGGGCGGUCCCUUCAUGGGCGGCGCUGGUGGACCUGGGGGUGCCUCCCUGCAGGCCAUGGGACAGCCCCAGCCCGGCAUCCCACAACAGGGCGCCGUCCUCAUGGUAUACGGACUCAACAAGGACAAGAUGAACGCCGACAGGAUCUUCAACUUGCUAUGUCUCUACGGCAAUGUUGUCAGGAUAAAGUUCCUGAAGACGAAGGAGGGGUGCGCCAUGGUCCAGAUGGGUGACGCGCUGGCGGUUGAGCGCGCUGUGGCCAACCUCAACAACACGACAUUCUUCAGCUGCAAGAUGCAACUUGGAUACUCAAAGCAGGCCUUCCUUGCUGAUGUCCAGCAGCCAUAUGACCUGCCCGACGGAACCCCCUCCUUCAAGGACUACAUGGGCAACAAAAACAACAGGUUCAUUAACCCGGAAAUGGCAUCCAAGAACAGGAUACAGCCUCCAUCCAAGAUCCUGCACUUCUUCAACACUCCUCCUGGCCUGGAUGAGGACCAGCUUAAACAGGUGUUCAUUGAUGGGGGUGUCACAGAGCCUAAGAGCAUCAAGCUGUUCCCAUCAAAGAGUAAGUCUGAGAGGAGCUCCAGCGGGCUCUUGGAGUUCAACAACAUCUCUGAGGCUCUGGAAGGAUUGGUGAUUGGGAACCAUGCACCCAUCCCCAACCCUACAGACAGCAAGUUCCCCUUCAUCAUGAAGCUGUGUUUCUCAUCUUCAAGACAUAUCCCCAACAAGAUGGCCGAGUGAAGAGCUCGCAGUACGACGGCAGCAGCAGCAGCGGUGGUGACCUGUCGUACCCGGGCCAUUUCAGUUGCUUCAUUGCUGCUUUAGUGACCUGCAGGGUACACCAGGGUUGUUGGCAGCCAGGCAGGGAAGAUCGGGGACUUGUUAACAUCUUGUUCCAUUGAUAACAUUCUUGAAGAGUGUUACCUGGAGGACCUGGAUGUUCACGGUCUCCAUGGGGUUGUUAGCAGCUCAGUGAGAUUGUUGGCAACUUUUGGGGAGGAAAUAUUGGCCAAUUUUUUGGGGUUGCUGUAUUAUUGUGACUGUGGGGAAUUAAUGAACAGCAGCUGGCUGAUGAUGAUGAUGAUGAUGAGAGAAAGAGAAAGAAAGAGAGAGAGAAAGACUGCUGGCUGUGUAGUUUUUUGAGAUGGUUGUUAGGGACAUUUCGCAGCACUUCUCCCCCCCCUCCCCCCUCCCCCGCCAGCACCCAUGGUGAGGAGGGGGGGUCGGUGUUUCUCUUCUUCCCGCUGGACUCCCUCAGGGACUCUUCACUGGCAAUGCCCCACUGGAGGCUCACUGCAGAUCAAAUUCAGGAAGCUUCAGUUUUUUUUUAAUUUUCUUUAUUCUUUUUUUAUAUUUUUUUUUCUUUAUUUGUACUUGGUAAAUAUUAUUAUUUGUAAAGAAGCUUUGAUGUAAUAAGUAUCAUCAUCAUCCCCCCCCCCCCUGCCCCCAUAAAACAAACAAAAACAAACAAAAAAAAAAAGAACAACCCUCAGUCUUUUCUAUGGUGACUGUCAAGUGUUUUAUGCUUUGUAGUUGUGUAAAUGAUAAAGGAAAAGUCUUGUAAAAUUUAGUAAGAAUUUAGUUAACAGUAUAACCCAGAUUUUACUAGAAAUGAUGACAAGUUACUUGUAUUCUUGUGUUACCUUGCAUAUUGUCAUAGGAAAUAUGCUGUUCUUGACCUUAUUUUUUAGAGAAAUAAAAAUGUAAGUGGUAA